GAUGCUCUUGAGGCCAAGUACAUUUCGGAAGAUGCUUCAAGUAAGAAAUUCCUUGUUAGUAAUUUUAAUUCUUUUAAAAUGACUAAUGAUCGGCCUAUUAUGGAGCAAUUCCAUGAGGUUCAUCAUAUUUUGAACCAAAUAAGAUCACAUGGUAUGGUGAUGGAUGAGGCAAUUGCGGUUGCCUCAAUCAUUGACAAAUUACCAAAUUCUUGGAAAGAUACAAAACAUCUUUUAAAACAUAAAAAGGAAGACAUGUCCAUGGAGCAAUUAGGAACUCAUCUUCGUAUUGAAGAGGGGAUCCGGGCUCAAGAUGGGGUUAAGGAUACUACUCCUAGUAUUCCUAAAUCUACCGUUAAUUUGGUAGAGGUUGGUGGGUCUAGUAAGACCAAGAAAUCCAACAACAACAACAACAAUAACAAAACCAAUGUUGCAAACAAGAAGAGGAAGACCCUCUCUUGUUGGAUAUGCAAUGGUCCUCAUCUUAAGAGGGAUUGUCCUUCUAACAACAAGAAGAAGACAAAGAACACACAACCUAGUGUUGUUCAAAACCAAGGUUGAUGAUUCUUGGUGGAUAGAUUCGGGAGCCUCUAGACAUGUGUGCAAUAACAAGGAUUUCUUCAAGUCUUUGAAAGAUUUGGAUGAUGGUCCAAUCUUGUAUAUGGGGAAUGAUUCUACGGUAAAGGCUAGAGGAAUAGGCCAAGUAGAAUUGUUGUUAACCUCGGGAAAGACUUUAACUCUCCGGGAUGUUGUGUAUGUACCGGAAGUUAGGAAGAAUCUUGUGUCAGGAGGUCUCUUGAAUAAGUAUGGUUUUAAAGUUUUUUUGAGUCGGAUAAAUUUGUACUUUCCAAGGGUGGUAUUUUUGUUGGACAAGGUUUCUUUUGUAAUGGAAUGUUUAAAUUUAGUAUUGAUAAUAAAAUUGGUACUAGUUCUAUUUACAUGCUUGAUGUUUCUUCUCUAUGGCACAAUCGUUUAUGUCAUGUGAAUUAUCGUAGAUUAUAUGAC